GAAAGGUCGGAGGGAGAGGUGUAUGCCGGGAAAUGUAGUUCUGUCUUCGCAGCUCUUACCUGUACUUUCAUUGUACAAUGGCAUUAGCUCCCCUACAGUUCCCGACAUGUCCUUUGGUUUGAAACUGGGGAAGACUUGCCGAAUCACAAGUGCAUCUAUAAUUUACUGAACACUGUUUUCUAUCGAGAUUAAGCAGCAGAACCUCGCUUCAGAAACACAGCAAUGAGGAAUCUUUGGACCAAAGCAGGUGUUUUUGGUUCGGUGUCGAUGGCUUUUGGUUCCAUGCUGUGGUCACAGAAAAAGCCUGAAUCCGAGCAGGCUGCUUCCAGCGGCCCCUCUGCUGAAACAAAUCCCAGUUCUUCAUAUGAACUAAAGCUGGUCCAAGUCCUGUUCCGACAUGGUGCACGAACGCCGCUUAAGUCUAUCCCUGAUGUGAUGGAGGCCCAAUGGGUGCCAACGCUCUUGGAGCCUCCAGCACACACCCAGAUCAACUAUGCGGUGACAGAUCUCGACGGUGGCCCCAGGCCCCCGGCUCCUGUAGAAGACAGCUAUCGGAAAAACAUACUGAACGGUGGCACGUUCCCUGGUCAGCUGACCACCAUUGGCAUGCAGCAGCUGUAUGAGCUCGGCAAGAGGCUGAGGACGAGAUACGUAGAGGAGAGCUCCUUCCUCAGCUCCACCUUUAGCCCCACUGAGGUCUAUGUACGCUCUACUAAUAUUGUGAGGACCAUUGAAUCUGCCAAGUGCCUGGUAGCAGGGCUGUUCCAGCAAAAACAAAAAGAAGUGGUGCCUAUAUUCACAACGGCGGCAGAAUCAGAAAUCUUGUAUCCUAACUACCAUGGAUGCAAGCUGCUGAAAAUCCUCGCCAGCCACCGCUGGGCAGAGUCAUCCACUCUGCCAGACAUUGCAGCAGACCUGCAGAGCAUCCAGAGCGCGCUGGGCAUCGCCGCUCACCAGCACAUCGACUUCAUCCUCAUUAGGGACGACAUGGUUGCCAGAGAGACACACGGCCUGCCCUGCCCAUCAGUGCUGGACACCUGGAGGAACAAAGUGGAGCAGAGAGCUGUGGACAUGAUCUGCCAUGUGUAUGAACCCAGCAAGAGGGAGAACUUGCAGCUGUGUGUGGGACCCCUCCUGCACAAAAUGAUAGCCAACAUUGAGGCGAAACUACAGCCGAGCACCUCAUCCGAGCCAAAAAGGAAGCUGUUUUUGUACUCUGCACAUGACACCACCUUGAUUCCCUGUCUGAUGGCUCUGGGGAUUUUUGACAUGAUGUGGCCACCAUACGCCGCUGACAUCACUCUGGAGCUGCACCAACACCGGCAGACCAACAAGCCCUUUGUCAAAGUUUCAUAUAUAGGCCAGGAUCAACUAAUACCAGGUUGUAGUGGAGUGUACUGCCCACUGGAUGAGUUUAAGCAGGUCCUCUCUUCAUACUCGCUGAGCUCUGAACUCUACCACUCACUUUGUGAUAGCAAAGAAGACUCAACCAAACCAUAAACCCUCAACGAACUGUAACACUGUGCUACCCACCAUAUUACACUCAAACAGGUACCACACAUCAUGAUACCCUUCAUUUAGAUCCUCAGUUCUCAUGCUAUCCUGCCACCUUUACCAUGGAAAACUUCCCUGGGUAUACAUUUACUGGAUUGCAGCCUGUUUUACAUUUCAACAGUUUACAUAUCUCUGACAUUUAGUACACCCUUCUUCUGUUACUAUGGCAGUUAAGUUUUCCAUUUAGGUAGAUUAAUUGAAUGGUUAUGGCAUAUUGACAAGUGUAAGUGCUAAACCAUUUGGUGUUCAGUUCAGGUUUGCAUGCACUUAUUCUGAUUGACUUGACAAUAAUUUUCCAAAAGUCCAAAAGCAAAGUAAGACCAUGUGCCAUCGUAAAUCUUUAAAAGCAGAUGACAAAAACAUCAAUUUAUCAAAAGUAUUUGCUAGAUCAGCAGAACACUAAACUAGUGGAAAUUGGGAAUUUGUUAGGGACCAUUUCAGCUGUGGAUUAAUGGAAAUGUGCUCUUCUAGUAUUUACUGCAUGUACACUUCAAUGAGGUAACGCACUCCUGUACGUCUAAAAUAGUUAUUAGAUCUAUAUGGCACAGGAAUACACUAUAUCAGGGUUGCUUACACAGUAGGAUUGUUUGUUUUGUUCUUUGCAGAUUUGUUGAAAAGGGAAAAAAUACAGAUAAGUGUCUGCCUUAGAAGUUCAAACGGUUGCUAGUUUACUCUUGCUCUUCAUUAGCUGAUGUGAUUAUCUUACAGGUUAACCAGUGUUGCACCAAAUUAGCAGUAUGUUUAAUUCUGCCAGUUUGGUUGCUUUUGAAUUCAAUUUCAAAACUUAAAUUCCUCAGGGGAAUACUAAGCAUUCAAUGUACUCAUGUUGAGGAUUUUACAUUAGCGUUUAGUUCAAUGUCUUCAUAACCAGGUAGAAUCUGCAGAAAUUGAAUAAAUAUGCUACUGUGUGUUUUAAGAGUGAAACAUUAGUUUGCCUUCUUGUGGGGAUGUGGUGAUACCAUCAGAACACAGUUUAAUGUAUGAACACAUGCCCAUUAUACUGUUUAGACCUGUGUUAAAAUAACACAAAUUGUAACUCAUCAUGAGUUUCCCGUGAUCUGCUGCUCGAAAUGUAAAGCUUUGGAUUUGCGAAUAACUAAAUAAAGAUUUUGAUCAAUAAA